AUGAAUGGGGAGCUGGCUGCGGGCCCAGGGCUGGGAGGCGGGGCGGGGGCCCCGCCUCUGGACAGCAGCGGCCGCCAGCUCCGUGCUGCUCACAGCCCGAUGGCUCCGGACCCCAGCGGCCGCCGCCGCCACCGCGGCCACCGCGGCCUGCUGCUGCUACUUGCCUGCUGCCUCGCGCCCGCCCGGGCUGACCUGAUGUCCUGGCUGUGGCCCGCUAACGCUGCCGGGUCCACGGCCGCACCGGCCUCCAAGCCCCCGGACAGCUCACCUGUGCGGCCCACGGAGGACACCACCACGCACGUGGCCCCCCAGGAUGACCCCAGCCAGCGGUGGAAAGCCCUUGCCAGCCCCGAGCCGCCUCUGGAGAGGCCGGAGGUGGGCCAGGGCCAGGCCCCCGCUGUCCCCCCGGCGGCCUCCACCGCGAGCCCAGACACAAAGGAGGAGAACAUCGCCGGCGUCGGAGCCAAGAUCCUGAACGUGGCUCUGGGCAUCCGGAGCUUCGUCCAGCUGUGGGACGACACCACCCCCACCAAGAGCUCCGCCAGGGCGGGGACGCCAGGCCCCGAGAGCCCCACGCACCCCCUCACCACCCCUGGACCCUCCAGCGGCCCCCAGGACGACGGGACCACUCUCUGGCUGAGCACCGGGGCCCCGAGCUCUCCGGACACCCAGAGGACCGAGGCCAGCACCCUGCCAGCGCCCACCCAGCCGCCGCCCUCCACGGACAGGCCCCGGGCCCUGCUCGGGGAGCCUGCGGUACCACCGCCAUCCCCAGAGAGCCAGGUCGUGGAGGUGGGGCUCCAGCCGCUGCUCGGGGAGCCCCUGCCGCGGCAGGUGGCCCUGGUGCACGACCCCGACGUGGGGCCCGCCUACGAGUUCGGCGCCGACGUGGGCGGUGACGGCUGGGCGGCCCGGAGCCUCCUGCCCAGCACGUUCUUCCGCCACUUCUCCGUGCUGGUGCGCGUGCGGCCGGCCUCGGCGCGCGCGGGCGUGCUCUUCGCGGUCACGGACGCGGCGCAGGCGGUGGUCUUGGUGGGCGUGAAGCUGGCGGCGGCGCGCGGGGCGUGGCAGCAGGUGCAGCUGCUCUACACCGAGCCUGGUGCCGCCCGCACACACACGGCCGCCAGCUUCGCGCUGCCCGCGCUGGACGGUCGCUGGACGCGCCUGGCCCUCACCGUGGACGGCGCGCAUGCCGCGCUCUUUGUGGACUGCAAGGAGGUCCAGCGCCAGCCCCUGGUGCGCCCCCCACGCGGCCUGCAGGUGGAGCCCGACGCCCGCCUCUUCGUGGCCCAGGCCGGCCGAGCAGACCCUGACAAGUUCCAGGGCCUGAUCUCGGAUCUGAGGCUGCGUGAGGACCCCCAGGUGAGCCCCCUGCAUUGCCUGGAUGCGGACGAGGAGGACGAUGACGAUAGGGCGUCAGGAGACUUGGGCAGCGGGCUUGCGGAGACCUGGGAGCGUGUUGGGGGGGAGUUGGGCGCACCCCUGGGGCCCAGGCUCCCCGGGGCUCCUCCGGUCGCUUCUCCACCCUUGGCUGGAGCGGGCCACCAGGAAGACUUCAGGACCGAGGAGAUCGAGGAGGAGACCACGGUGUCUUCGUUAGGAGCGCAGACCCUCCCCAGCUUGAGCACAGUCGCCACGUGGGACGGGAGCGAGUGGAGCCCUGGGGGCGGCCUGAAAGAGCAAGGCCUGAAGGGGCAGAAAGGAGAACCGGGCGCUCAGGGCCCCCCCGGCCCGGUCGGUCCCCAGGGUCCCGCAGGCCCGGCCGUGCAGACCCCCGAUGCACAGCCCGUUCCCGGGCCGCAGGGACCCCCGGGGCCCCCGGGGAAGGAUGGCGAGCCCGGUGAUCCUGGCGAAGAUGGGAAACCUGGGGACACCGGGCCGCAGGGCUUCCCAGGAACCCCGGGAGACGUGGGCCCCAAGGGCGAGAAGGGGGAUCCUGGGGUCGGGCCGAGGGGACCCCCAGGACCCCAAGGGCCUCCGGGGCCACCCGGACCCUCCUUGAGACGUGACAGGCUGACCUUCAUCGACAUGGAGGGGUCCGGGUUUGGUGGCGACCUGGAGAGCCUCCGCGGCCCUCGAGGCUUCCCCGGCCCCCCUGGGCCCCCUGGCGUCCCAGGCCUGCCCGGAGAGCCAGGCCGCUUCGGGAUGAACAGCUCGGACGUCCCCGGACCCGCAGGCCUUCCCGGAGUGCCUGGGCGGGAUGGGCCCCCCGGGCUUCCUGGGACCCCAGGACCCCCAGGUCCGCCAGGAAAAGAUGGGCAACCGGGACAGACCGGCCAGAAGGGCAGCCUUGGCGAGGCGGGCGCCCCAGGACCCAAGGGAAGCAAGGGAGACCCCGGCCCCAUCGGCACGCCCGGGGAGCGCGGCCUGGCAGGACGCCCCGGACCGGCAGGACCACCAGGUCCCCCGGGCCCCCCCGGGCCCCCAGGCCCAGGACUCGCUGCGGGGUUUGACGACAUGGAAGGCUCCGGGGCCCCCUUCUGGUCGACGGCCCGAGGUGCCAGUGGGCCGCAGGGACCGCCUGGCCCUCCCGGAGUCAAGGGGGAUCCUGGAGUCAUGGGGCCACCAGGGACCAAGGGAGAGGCCGGAGCCGACGGAGCUCCUGGGUUCCCCGGCCUUCCCGGCAGGGAGGGCGCAGCCGGACUCCAGGGACCAAAAGGAGAAAAAGGGCCCCAGGGAGAGAAAGGCGACCCAGGGAAGGACGGAGUGGGGCAGCCAGGCCUCCCGGGACCCCCCGGACCCCCAGGGCCUGUCGUCUACGUGUCGGAGCAGGACAGAGCACUGGCGAGCGUGCCGGGCCCCGAGGGCCGGGCGGGGCUCGCGGGCCUCCCCGGGCCAGCCGGGCCGAAGGGAGACCUGGGCUCCAGAGGCCAGCAGGGCCCCCCGGGACCCAAGGGCGAGAAGGGUGAGCCGGGCAUGGUCUACAGCCCUGACGGCAGAGCGCUGACCUCCUCCCAUAAAGGAGCCAAGGGUGACCCUGGCUUCCGAGGACCCCCGGGUCCCUACGGGCGGCCCGGGCACAAGGGAGAGAUUGGCUUCCCUGGACGGCCGGGGCGCCCCGGGAUGAACGGACUGAAAGGGGAGAAGGGGGAGCCGGGAGAUGCCAGCGUGGGAUUCGGCGCCAGGGGUCCGCCCGGCCCACCUGGGCCCCAAGGGCCCCCGGGCCCUCCCGGGACUCCUGUCUAUGACAGCAACGCGUUUGUGGAGUCUGGCCGCCCUGGACCCCCGGGAUUGCCAGGGCACCAGGGGCCUUCUGGACCGAAGGGUGACAAAGGAGAAGUGGGCCCACCCGGGCUACCAGGGCAGUUCCCGUUGGACCUCCUCCACUUGGGCGCUGAGAUGAAGGGGGAGAAGGGCGACCAAGGGGCCGCUGGGCAGAAAGGAGAAAGGGGCGAGCCCGGGGGCGGCGGGUUCUUCAGCUCCAGCGUGCCUGGCCCCCCCGGCCCGCCAGGCUACCCUGGGAUUCCGGGGCCCAAGGGAGAGAGCAUCCAGGGCCAGCCUGGCCCUCCUGGACCUCAGGGACCCCCUGGCAUCGGCUACGAGGGACGCCAGGGGCCUCCUGGGCCCCCCGGACCUCCAGGGCCCCCGGGACCGCCAUCCUUUCCUGGCCCUUACAGGCAGACUAUCAGUGUUCCUGGCCCCCCAGGCCCACCUGGGCCCCCAGGACCGCCCGGAUCCAUGGGCACCUCCUCAGGGGUGAGGGUCUGGGCCACGUACCAGACCCUGCUGGACCAGGUGCCCGAAGUGCCGGAGGGCUGGCUCAUCUAUGUGGCCGACAGGGAGGAGCUGUACGUCCGGGUCCGGAACGGGUUCCGGAAGGUUCUGCUGGAGGCCCGCACACCCCUUCCCCGCGGGACGGACAACGAGGUGGCCGCUUUGCAGCCCCCCGUGGUGCAGCUGCACGAGGGUAACCCGUACCCCCGCCGGGAGCCCCCGCACCCCACAGCGCGGUCCUGGCGGGCCGACGGCAUCCUGGCCAGUCCUCCGCGCUUGACACACGCCCAGCCCUACCCCGGGGCCCCGCACCCCGGCGGCUACGCGCACCUCCGACCGGCAACCCCCACGGCCUCACCCGCCCACACUCACCACGAUUUCCAGCCGGUGCUCCACCUGGUCGCGCUCAACAGCCCGCAGUCGGGAGGCCUGCGCGGCAUCCGCGGCGCCGACUUCCAGUGCUUCCAGCAGGCGCGUGCCGCGGGGCUGGCGGGCACCUUCCGCGCCUUCCUGUCCUCGCGGCUGCAGGACCUCUACAGCAUCGUGCGCCGCGCAGACCGCGCCUCCCUGCCCAUCGUCAACCUCAGAGAUGAGGUGCUGUCUCCCAGCUGGGAGGCCUUGUUCUCGGGCUCCGAGGGCCAGCUGAAGCCCGGCGCCCGCAUCUUCUCUUUCGAUGGCAGAGACGUCCUACAGCACCCCGCCUGGCCCCAGAAGAGCUUGUGGCACGGCUCGGACCCCAGCGGGCGCCGGCUGACGGAGAGCUACUGCGAGACGUGGCGGACCGAGGCCAGGGCGGCCACGGGCCAGGCCUCCUCGCUGCUGGCGGGCCGGCUGCUGGAGCAGAAAGCUGCGGGCUGCUACAACGCCUUCAUCGUCCUCUGCAUCGAGAACAGCUUCAUGACCUCCUCCUCCAAGUAGGGCCUCUGCUGGCUCCCUGGACAGAUGGACGCACAGACAGAGGGCUGGAGAAGAGCCAGGCGGCAGGCGGGGGAGCGGACACACCCCCGGCCUGGCAGGGAGCCUCUGCUGGCGCCCAGGGCGGGCACCUGGCUGGGACACUUUCCUGUAUGGUUCACGUUUCAUGUAAUCCUCCAGAAAUAAAAAGAAGCCAAAGAGUGUAUUUUUUAAAAAGUUUAAGACAGCCUGGUGCCCAGACUCUUCCUCCCUCCCCCCUCUCCCCUGCACAGGCACAACCUCGGUGCCUGUGGACCGAGAGGUGGACCCGGCCCAUUUAAGCAAGAGGCCGACUUGGAACCUUCUGCCUGGGGAGGCCUCCCGGGUGCCGAGAGGGGCCCCCAACCGCCCAGGCAGGUGCUGGUGGCUCCGUUUCCUGCCCAGAAAGCCUUGUGGCGCCAAUGCCAGGCCUGUCUGCAGGGCAGCCGCGAGGAGGCGCUGGGGCCUCCCUCUUGCCCUCUCUCCAGCUGGCCGGCCCUCUCUUGGGCCACGCGCGGUGCCAGGGGAGGCCACCUCCUCUCAGCCUCUGGCAGCAACUCCCCUGGCUGCAAGGUUCCAAGCUCAAACCCCGCCGCACACCGCCGGGGCUCCUGGCGCUGCUGUGUGCAGCCAGCCCCGCCACGUGGUCCCGUCUGCGGUCCUGUCUGUCCCACGCUGGCUUCCCGUGUCCCCUGAGGUCCCCCCGGCACAGAGCCUGGCCCGGCCCGGACUGUACUGGGAGAGCUUUGAGGGAUCCAUAAACCAGCACCAGGUCCCUGGGCCCAGACCUCACACCGGGCGCUCCUUCCCUGACUCCAAUGCCUGAACAGCUCUGCCCAGCAGCAUGUCCGGGGACCCAAAUGGGCCCAGACCCAGGCUGCCUCAAGUCCUGGGUCAGACCUGCCUCCUGCUGAGCUUGGCA